AAAACAUACUCGCGAGUGGAUAAAUAUAUUUAUUUAAGCAUUUUAAGCGAAGAAUUACAGAACUUACAAAUAACUUCAAUAUGAAAAUGUACUUUGCAAAUAUCAUAUUAUUAGUUGUUCUACAAAAAUAUGAAAAAGUACUAACCAGCUCUGAUUUUCCUAGAGAUACAUCAAUAUCUACGAACUCCGAUGAACCAGAAAGUAAAAUACUUACAUUUUAUUGUGCAAUAUGUCAAGAAAUACCUAUGGAAGAUAUAUUUAAAACUGAAUGUUGUAAAAAGAAAUUCCAUUUUAUAUGCAUGUAUGAUUGGUCAAAAUAUAGUAAUGAAAAAGUUUGCCCUUUAUGUAAUGGCAAAUUUGUGGCAGUAUGUAAAAUAUGUAAUAGUGAUUGUGAUGUAAAUGAUGAUGUAACUGAACUUGAGUGUUGCAAAACUAAGACACAUAAAAAAUGUAUAGAUUAUAGAUUGUCAAAUACAUCAAUUACGUGUCCUAAUUGUAACGUAGAAUUAGAAUCGAAUUAUGACGGUAAGUUGCUAAUUUUUAUUUACGUCAUCUAAGUAUUUAUUGUAAAUAACACUUAAAUUUUACUAGUAAUCUGUGAUUUAAAGUCAAUGAUAAUGAUAUUUAAUAUCAUUAAGCUAUGUCUUCUGCUGUGCUUUCAUUUCAGCUCACUAGUCCAUAAUCAUAUUGGUACUUUUCAGAAAAGAAAAUGAAUUCUAUUCAAAAAUUGGAUUUACUAAUCCAUAAACUCAUUGAAAUUAAUAACAGAGACCCCCUAAAAAUAAAUGUUAUCAUCCUUUACUCCUAAUUAAUAGUUAAUCAAAAUCAUAAAAGUAACCAUUUAUAUCAAUACUGUGUUAUAGUAUAAAUUUAUAUUAAAAUGCAAUCUCUUAAUUUAUUGAUGGUCUCAUACACAAAUGAGAAGAUUAGAUCAAAACUCACAUACGUCAAAAAAUACCAAAAAGCUGAAAAAAAUUAACCAUUAAAAAAAAAAAUUAAUUUUUAAUUAUUAUGAAAAAUAAUGAA